UUCUAGAUUUGAAGCUUUCGUGACUGCAAGGAUUCAUAUUCUUAGGUUUUUUCGGUAAAGUCACGUAGGUAAAAAAAAUAAAAUUAGUUAGAUGUUAUUAACCAUGCAAAAAUGAUCUAACUAAAUUACAUUUUUUACCUACGUGACUUUACCGAAAAAACCCUGAUAAUUAUUAUUAUACGAGCUGUGUGUAAACAACACAUUCGGUCGCCUAUUGCAGUUUAGCUGUACACCGCACAAACAAAUGAACGUAUAUAUAUGAGUAUAGCCAGACAUACACAACACCUUUUAAAUGUCAAAUUGUACCAUAUAUAGUAGCGCAUCAUUUAUACACAUGUAGUGCAUAUUUACGCAUUACGCACACGUACAUAUGCAUAUAUUAUACGCAUAGUGCACAUACACAUUGCAGAUGCAUGUUAGUGUUGAUGGCAUUACACAUGCACACGCAGUGUAUAUAACCACUCUUUGCAUGUGUUCUGAAAUGCACGAUUAAAAUAUACUUCGAUGUAAAGAAGCAUUUUUUUUCAGAAUGUCCAGUUAUACACAGAAUUAUAACCCACAAUACACUUAGGCUAUUGCGUGAUCCGCUAACAAAUCGCGGAUCACGCAUGAAGGCAGAGUGACGUUUCACUUUAACAACUGAACACACACGUUCACACAGCGUGGCCCAAAACAAGUAGCAAAAACAACAACAACAACAACCUCAAGCACACUCCAUCCCAUCAUCGGUGACUUUGCCCAAAGGGAAGAAAACAAGAUUGUAAAUAGUCGGCGACGUUUCGGACGAUGUGCCUUCCUCCGUAGCAGAGAGCUAAGCGAUGCCUGAGAGGGUGACAGCGAGACUCACGACAGCUUUGACAUCUCACGUGUGCGCACACACUCACACACUCACUCACACUCACUCAUACACUCACUCACACUCACUCACACACUCACUCACACUCACUCACACUCACUCACACUCACUCACACACAAUCACUGACACUCACUCACACUCACUCACACUCACUCACACACUCACUCACACUCACUCACACACUCACACACACUCAUUCACACUCACACACACUCACACACCACACUCUCACACUCACACACACUCACACACUCACUCACACUCACUCACACUCACUCACACUCUCACACACUCUCACACACACUCACUCUCACACACACUCACUCUCAUACACACUCAGUCACACACACUCACACACACUUACUCUCACACACGCUCACUCACUCACACACACUCACACACUCCCACACUCUCACACUCACACACACUCACUUACACUCACACACACUCACACACUCACUCACACACACUCACACACACACUCACACACUCUCACUCACACACUCACUCACACACACUCACUCACACUCACUCAAUCACACACGAGCUGAGACUGACCAUCUGUGGGCGUGCUGUGUGCGAUCAGUGUAUUACAGACCGGCAGUCGGGUGCGUCGUAUCGACAAGCUUACGAGGGUGUGUGUAUGUGUGUGGGACACACGAUGCCAUGAGCCUGCCCGGCGCCGUGGUGUUGAUCAUCGGAGUCGCUCUCUGCUGGAUGUCGCGCGUGGUGCUGCUUGUGGUGGCAGCUGGAGGAGGAGGAGGAAGAGGAGGAAGAGACUUCACGGCACAAGACAUCGUUCAGCUUUACCCAGCCACAACCCCAUUUCCUGGUGGCUUCAAAUGCUUCACGUGUGAAGAUGCCCGUGACAAUUACGAUUGCAAUCGCUGGGCCCCGGAUGUCUUCUGCCCACAAGGCUCGCGCUACUGCUACACGCGCCACCUCAUGGACGGGCUCGGCGCCAGCGAGUCGGUCACCAAGCGCUGCGUGGCCGUGCACGACUGCGUCGGGACCACGGGGUGCCGGACGCUCGCCGACGCGGCGCGCCGCACGGAGUGCGUGUCGUGCUGCGAAGGAAACAUUUGCAACCUCCCCGUGCCACGCAACCACUCGGACGCGGUCUUCUCCACCGAGACUCCGGUGUGGCCGUCUGGCGCGUCGCCGUGCCGCUCGGCACGCUGGCCGGUGCUCUGCGCGCUCCUCGGUGCGCUGAUGCUGCCGGUGUGAGGAUUGGCACCACGCUGGCUGGAACUGCUGAUGCUGCCGGCGUGAGGACUGGCACCACGCUGGCUGGAACUGCUGAUGCUGCCGGCGUGAGGACUGGCACCACGCUGGCUGGAACUGCUGAUGCUGCCGGCGUGAGGACUGGCACCACGCUGGCCGGAACUCCUGAUGCUGCCAGCGUGAGGACUGGCACCACGCUGGCUGGAACUGCUGAUGCUGCCGGCGUGAGGACUGGCACCACGCUGGCCGGAACUGCUGAUGCUGCCAGCGUGAGGACUGGCAACACGCUGGCCAGAACUGCUGAUGCUGCCAGCGUGAAGAUUGGCACCACGCUGGCUGGAACUGCUGAUGCUGCCAGCGUGAGGACUGGCACCACGCUGGCCGGUGCUGCCGCUGAUGCUGACAGCGAAAAGACUGGCGCCACGCUGAUGCCCAACGUGAGCCGUACCCAUGCAAGGGCCAGUGGCAGGCGAUGGAAAAAAACGAAUCGGCGUUCGGGGAGCAAGAGGCCAACGGCGAUGUGGAGUUCUCGCUCAUCCGGGCCACGUGCUGCAAGUUGCCGUUUCGCCGGUGUGACUUGACGCAACAACAGCCCUUUACCACUCCACUGCUGGAUGGCAGCCCGGUCAAGCUAAACAACACUUUCUUUUCCACGGGAGAUCAAUAAGGCAGUAAUGUACCGGUUUAUUACAUCGAAAUUUUUGUUUUAAACCAAACAUCAAAGCUCAGAAAGAUCAAAAUAUUACAUAAAAACACAUUAAACGAAUAUACAAUUAAUUUGAAUAGGAAACUUUAAUCAGAAUACUUAUUUAUACUGGAGGAAUCCCAUGAGCUAUAAAGCUCUUUUUCAAAGAUGUCAAAACGUUACAACAACAAACAAACUAAACGAUAGGAGUGCAAAGUGUAGGCGAAGGCUGUACAAGUUUACAUAUCAGUUUAGGGUUUCUGUAAAGAUACAUUUUGAAUGAGGGGUGGAGAUAUAAUUGAGCAACAAUCACGUUCGUGUUGCCCCAGUCAUUGAUUGAAUUGCCCGUUAAAUCCUCACUCAGGCAGAGAUGCAAUAUUGUUACAUACUGUGAGUAUCAU